AUGACUUCUGGUACGAUUAUCCCUACCAUCUCUGAAGAGACAACAUUACAGCUACCGCCGUCGACGGACCACAGUAGUAACGACCAUGCAGUGUAUAUUGACGGUGAAGACGAUGACGAAGAUAAUGAGCACGUUCUCCAGAUAACAUUUGACCCCCAUGUUCGAGCAAACCGUCGACGAAAGUCGUCAAUAGUCAGUAUGGAGCGGCUCACGCUCAAUUCCACCAUUCACGGAAGCGGGGUAGGAGUAGGAGCGGUCGAAGCAGAAUUUCGUGCUAGUCGCUCCCGCAGUAGCUGCUUUAUUCAUUCCCACCUCGAAGCGUACCAAGAUGCGGAUGAUAAUCGUGUCAAUGGCCCGCUCGAGUGCAACAGAAACAACCCGGUUGAAAGAAUCGUCGAGCAGAAUAUCCCGCCGUUUAUGAGCAAGUCAGAGCUCUCUGAUAUGGUCCUCGGGGUUGGGGAGCUGAGCAAGCGAUUCUCAAACAUGCGUAUCAAAAUUAAGGUUAAGACGGUAAUGAUCUUGACGAAGACUUACGAUAAAUCGCUUAUAAAGCACACAAGGAGGUUGGCAGAGUGGAUGCUAUCGCCCGAGAGGGGAAAGAAUUAUAUCGUCUAUAUCGAUAGCGUUUUUAAGGACACACCAGAGCUGGACAUCGCAAGGUUUUUUGAGCAGUAUCCGCAGUACAAAUCUCGUAUUCAUUGUCUUAUAUGCAAGCUGGCUGUUCCAGAAAGAUUCCAGGAAACUCUUUCUAGCGCUAUCAAGGAUGGGGUCAUGGUUGGGUUAAGGUUGAGGUUCCAAGGGGCAAUCAUGCGGUGCAUUGAUAAAGCUGGGGUCGAAAACAAGGAUCGGGAUAUUACAGCAGAAAUUCUGGAUAGGGCAGUUAAUAGACAGUUGACGCAUCGUUUCGAUGUGGCCUACACUGUCCUCAACGAGAUCGUGGUUGAUCGCGGACCAAACGCAACCAUGUCCGCCACAGAGCUUUAUGGCGAUGACAUGCAUCUUACUACUGUCCAGGCGGAUGGUGUAUGUAUUGCUACUCCAACUGGAUCUACUGCAUACAACCUUGCUGCUGGGGGUCUCUUUGCUAUCCAGAGAUUCCAGCGAUGCUCGUUUCACCGAUUUGCGCACAUAGUCUCACUUUCCGUCCUUUGA